CAUGAAGCCAUCAACAGACGGAACUGAAAAUGAAAUGACCAUGAAUUUAUUGUACAAAUUCUCUUCCAAGUCAAUGGAGAGGGGUGAUAAACAAGAAUUAGAGAAGCUGUGCUAUUCAAAACUCACCUCAAAGUAACGUAAGAAAUAAACCUAGUAUUCUCAAGUUCAACUUGGAAGCAAUCGUGGCUAUCUUUACUUUAGCUCUCUCUGUGCUUCCAGAGGUCUUCAAUAUGGCUAUUGUUAGCAAUUAUGGGUCUCUGGCUCAAGUCGCAGGUAUUGGUCUCGGCGUGAUGUUCAUCAAUAUGUUUGUGUUCGGAGCGUUUGAAGGUCUCAACGGAGCUAUAGACACUUUGGUAUCCCAGUACUAUGGGGCAAGGGAUUAUUAUGGUUGUAACAUAACCCUGAACAGAGCUAGGAUGAUUAAUUCAUUCAUGUUCAUUCCUUGUGCUAUAGUGCUGGUUUUAUCAAAAGAGAUACUGGUCUUUCUAGACCAAGAUUUGGAAGUUGCUAUUGUAGCUCAAAAGUUCCUCAUCUUCCAAAUCCCAGGAUUGUUUGUCUUCACUCACUUUGACAUCGUCAGGAGAUACCUUCAAGCGAUGGGUCAUUUUUAACUUGAUUCUAAAAGGAGAGGUGAUUGCAGCAGUCUUCCACAUUGUUGCCAUCUCUCUUACGCUUAGCUUUGUCGAAGGAGAUCCGGUUAUAAUUUGAGCUUUGAUUUGCAAUUUCACCAUGUUUCUUAGUUACAUUUGCAUCCAUUAUUUUGCCAAAGAAAUUCUUGAUGAAGUGAACCAACUGCCUAUCUCAGAAGGAGCUUUCCAAGAUUGGUGGGGCUAUCUUUCACUAGCUCUUCCAUGCGCUUUUAUUAUCUGCUCUGAGUGGUGGAUGUAUGAGUUCUUGACCAUUCUCACCGGGUGGAUUGGUGUUAGAGAGCUCGCAACAAUCAUUAUUAUUUUUAACACUCAUACAUUCGUCUAUGACUUAUCUUAUGGACUGUCUCAAGCCACCUGCUCUAUCAUUGGAAGAACUCUUGCUGAAUUUGGUAAAGAAGAAGCCAAAAGAGUUCUGACUUAUAUUGGAAUAAUAGAGUUGAUCCUGUGCGUCCUGAUGACGGCUAUAUAUCUUCUAUUUCCAACAAAGAUUAUCAAAAUAUUUUCAGAUGAAGAAGAUAUAGUCAUGAUGUACUCUGAAAGUUUAUAUUACAUCAUUAUCAUGUUUGUGUUCGAUUCUCUUCAAAUUGUCAUUGGAGGAGUCAUCAGAGGAAUAGGCGAACAAGGAGAAUCCUCUAUUGUCAGUUUCAUUUCAUAUGGAUUAAUAACUCUGCCUGCCGCCAUUAUACUUGCCUUUCCACUCGAGAUGGGCAUGAAAGGAAUCAUCUCAGGCUACGUCCUUGGAGUCAUUGGAAACACAAUGAUGAAUGCUUACAUAUUGCUCAAAUCCGACUGGGAGCCGAAGAUAGAAGAUUCAGAAGAUCUCGGUUUUGUUGAAAUCUAGAUA